UUGUGGUCAAAACUGGAACAUUGCUCUUGCUCACAUUGCGUGCAAAGAAUUGGGUUACCCGAAAGCUGUUGAAUCUUUCACUAAUUAUUUCUACAAAGGAGAAAAUAUAUCUCAUUGGGCAAGUGAAUUUAAUUGUACCGGAAUAAAAUCUUCGUUGGUAGAAUGCUCGUUCAAAGAACGAAACAAGGAAUAUUGUGGUGGAGAUAAUGGACUAGCAGGAGUUAAAUGCGAUAAUCAAACUGUCCGCCUAAGUGACGGAAAGCAUGCAAAUGAAGGAAGAGUGGAAAUGUUUUAUCAAGCCGAGUGGAACAACGUCAAUCGUGAUAGUUGGCGUUUCAAAGAUGCUAACGUAGUAUGUCGUCAGCUGGGCUACGUACGAGCUACGAAUGUAAGCUUACCAGGCUAUGAUGGUCAAGGAUCAAGACAAACGACAUACGUCAUCGACUGCACUGGAUCCGAGAGCAAACUUACAGAUUGUCGACUCAAUGUUUGGAGGGGCGAACGUCGUAAAGAUGCAGCAAUCAUUUGCGCAAGUGUGAGAAUUCUUGGCGGACCCACGUCGGCAGAAGGAACUUUUCAGUUGCGAUACAAAAACGACUGGUGGCCUAUUUGCGGCAAAAACUGGAAUAUUGCUUAUGCUCACAUUGCGUGCAGAGAAAUGGAUUACCCCAAAGCUGUUGCAUCGGUUACAAAUUAUUCCUACAAGCACGAAAAUAUAUCUCAUUUCGCAAGCUAUUUUAAUUGUACUGGUAACGAAUCAUCACUGAUAGAAUGCUCAUUCAAAGAACAAACUGAAGAAUAUUGUGGUCAUAAUUCACUAGCAGGAAUCAAAUGUGAUAAUAAAACAGUCCGCCUCUUUGACGGAGAGCAUUCCGCUGAGGGUAGAGUGGAAAUGUUUUAUCAAGCGGAGUGGAACAACGUACAUGGUGAUGGUUUCAGUUUCAACGAUGCUAUUGUAGUAUGUCGUCAGCUCGGAUACGAAACUUUUCACAAUGUACUUUCACCUGGCCGCUUUGGUCGAGGAUCAAGACAGACGACAUACGUCGUCGACUGCUUUGGAUACGAGAGAAAACUUAGAGAUUGUCGACUCGAAGUUUGGGAAGGACAAGAUCGUUACGGCGCCGCAAUCGUUUGCUCUGCGAAAUGCAAGACUCUUAAUGUAGACCAUGGUGAAGUCUCCUUGAGUGAAUCUGGACCAAUACCUGCGGCAAUCGCAAAUAUCACCUGCCACAACGGUUACAUACUUCAAGGUUCUCCAAGCCGGACUUGUCAAGAAGACCAUCAGUGGAGCGGAAAUGAAUCACAUUGCUUACCUGUUCUAUGCAAGAAUCUUUCUCCAGUGCUAAACGGCGAUAUCUCUUUGACCGCAAAUGAAACUGUGGUUGGAUCAGUCGCGAAUAUUACGUGUCACGACGGUUACAUUUCUCGAGGUUUAGAAAAAAUAACGUGUGGAGCUAAUCAAGAAUGGAGCGGAAUUCCGACAACUUGUUCUAUUUGUCAUGACUGGUCAGCAAGUAUUAUGAUUGUCAUGAUUACAGUUGUGUUGGUAUCACUACUCGUUCUCUUCAUAAUAUAUAUGCGAGCCUUUACAUGUCGUUUCAGAGAAAAGAUUCGUUCAUUUGCCUUUAUCUUGCUAAUAGCAAUAACGGCGAUGUCAAUUAUUGUUAGUUACAUCAUUGUCGCUACUGAUGCAGUCUUUGUUUGCGAUAAUCGAGUUUUUGACUUUCUGAUUAACGUUUGCAACGGAGUGUAUUACUCAAUCUUGACGGUGUGGUUGGCGUCACAACUAAGCGCAAACUCAACAAUUCAAAGCAAUCUUUUCAGAUUUAGUGCAACUUGCUUACUCGUCAUAGUGCAAUUAAUUAUUGCAUGGCUAGGUCAUUUUGCAAACAGCAAACUCGGACACAAAGGGACAGGAUCAUUGGUGAAGUUUUGUUUCGAUGAACGAAGCAACGCUACUGUGGCGAUGUCAUAUGGAUACGGAUUUGUUCUUAUGCUUCUGAGUGUUGGGCUGGUUGGUGUCUUUCUCUAUCGAAACAGAAUCUACUACGACAGGAAGGAAACCAUAACAAUUGCGUCUUUCGUAUUUAUAAUUGUAGCAGCCGUGAGUACAAAUGCGGUAGCACAUGUGUACGUUUUGUGGGCAACCGACGAAGAGGACUGUGGAAUCUGCGCAAAUUUCUAUGUUCUUUUGGCUCUAUUUCCUGCAAAAAUGUCAGUUAUUUGCUGUAGCUAUGGACGUUUAAUAUCAAGGUAUAUUACGCACAGCAGCAGAGAAACAGUAAAUGAGAAAGAUACGAAUGUAAUAGAACUUAAACCUCAUUCAUUUCAAAAAUAUCCAGAGUUGAGUAUUACGAAACGAGAGUUCAUGUUUAACGAAAGACAAACAGAGGAACUAAACUCUGUGGCUAUCCAUCCAAGUCAGCUGCAAGUAGAGAAGAAGGUGGGGAGAGGAAACUUUGCAGCCGUCUAUAAAGCGGUUAUGAACGAAAAUGAAGUCGUCGCUUUGAAAGUUCUUCGAGGUAAUGAUAAUCAGAAAGCAAUAGAUUAUUUUGUUGGCGAAGGCCUGCAAAUGAAAGAGUUUGAUCACCCCAACGUUAUGCACUUGAUUGGCAUUUGCUGGCAACGACACAACUUGGACGGAUUACCAGGAACUGCUCCAGUCAUUGUUUUGCCUUACAUGGAACUUGGUGACUUAAAGAAGUUCCUUAGAAACGAGCAUGUAAACGAUAUGAAAGAUGAAAAGAUCGUCGAUCUCUUUUUGAUGUUAAAGUUUGCUCUACAGAUAGCAAAGGGUAUGGAAUACUUGGCAAAUAGAUGGAUCAUUCACCGAGACCUUGCCACUAGAAACUGCAUGCUGGAUUGGAACACAAAUGUUCGAGUCGCAGAUUUUGGUUUGGCUCAUACCCUGGCUGAAGGCAAAGACUACUACCGUACACACAAGCAGUUAGAGCUUCCUGUAAAAUGGAUGGCUCCAGAAAGUUUAUCUCAUCGUGUAUUUACUACACAAUCAGAUGUUUGGUCUUAUGGUGUCACGAUUUGGGAGGUGCUAACAUUUGCACAAGUACCAUACUCGGAACUCGGUAACAGCCAAGUUCUCUCUUAUAUUACAAGUGGCGGGAGGAUGUCACAACCUGAAAUCUGCCCACAGGAAAUAUACGAUAUCAUGAUGCAAUGUUGGCAUUUCGAAGCAAGUGAUCGCCCUUCCUUCACAACCAUUGCCAACAACAUAGAAACAUUUCUGACCGCCCACAGGAAUUACUUGAUCGUGAACGCUGAAGUUCAGCAACCAAAAAGUGAAGAAGCGUUUCUCGAGCAACCAGACGUCGCUAAAGCGACUGAUGCAACAACCAUUAAUGACAACUCAGUCAAAUCUCAGAAUCGUGAAGCAAGUCAGGAGAAACCAGACAUGACUGACGCUGAGAAAGCUGAUGAUGCAGCGCCUCAAAAUGGGACUAAUGUUUGACUCGACCACUUCAGUUUAUUAAUUAAUUAAACAACGAGCUGAAACAGAUAAGUAGCAAGUAAUGAUGUGAUGAGUAAGAAUUAAGUAUGAAUGUGAUGAUCUCCUGCAUAAGUGAUUUGCGAAUGGUAGAAUAGAGGAUAAGAGAAGAGGUGUGGGGUUAGAGUACAACACCUAGAAAUGUUGUUUAAGUUUUGACAAUACCAAAUUGUGAUAUUGUGUUGCAACAAUUUAUUUGUUGUAUACAGAAAUU